UCACACAAAAAUCCUUGAGUAUCAUAUUUUUAUUGAGACUAACUGUACAAUGAAUUAAAUAAUGUGAGCCUUGACACAUAGUAAUGAAUGAUAGGAGCCAGAUGAUAAAAUUAUGUUACAGAGAACUUUCACCUGUCAGACGUUGAAAGGUAAGACACACCUUGGAUGAUUCCUUUUAAGAAAUACUGAAAAAAACUGCUAUAUUCAUUUAGAUAUCUAGAUUACUUGCAGCAUGUAAUGAUUACAGUGCAGGACUUUUAAGUUAUAAGCAAAGUAAUUGUGAACAGGAAUAUCUAGAUGUGAAAGUGCUUGAAUUAAGUUUUGAAUAAAUGACGAAUGAAUGAGGAGCUUGAUAAGAACACUAAAUGCAUUUUUUGUUUGUUUUAGAACAGAAAACAAAGUGUGGCAGGAAGAGGUAUAGGCUGCACCUGCUGGCGGGGUGAUUGUAAGCGGGCCAAUAGCGCCAGAGGGCGCUCAGUAUAAAAACAGAGGUGAGCUCCAGUCUGAGACUCGUUGUUUGCUGUGGACACGUCGCGCACCGCGCUUCCGUGUUGAGCCGUCUGUGCGUAGAGUACAGAAACGUACGGGCAUAUGUACCUCCACGUUUCAUCGUGGGUGAGGUGGUUCCUACAAUAAGAGUCGACAUCUGAGCGUUCCCAUUUGGGGUACAAGUGAGGAGAGUUCGUCCUGAUCGGAAUCUCCACGGAUCAUCCCACUUAAUGCUGCUGCUUUGCUUGGACUGAAUUACCGCUUAUUUAGCGGCCAAGAUCGGCGUGUGGGACACGCCCCUACCCCUCUUCUGAACUUAGGACAAGGAGAGGUUGAUCGCACUGAUUUCGGAUCGAAUUGGACCAGAUUGCUCAUCUUGUUGUGCUUAUCAAGCACAAGGACUUUUAUGGUUUUAUUUACAUAAUUUUAUCUUUAUUUGCCUGUAUUUUAAUGAUUGACUUUUUCCUUUUUAUUUUCUUUAGACUGCCGGUGGUGCGCUCGGGUCUGGACGCGGCGUCCCUUUUUGGUGUGAUUGAAGUGAUGCGCAUCCAUAGGUGGAGGGAAUAAUAGAGAGUGAGUGACUCCACGGGUGUUUGUUUUGAUUUUUUUUUUUGUCUUGGAGCCUACUAUCCAGGACCCGACCGUACCCGCCGGUUGGCAUCAUUGUAUCACCCCUCUACGUGCCAGGAUUCAGUUAUGGAGGCAGAAAUGCAGGACCUGAGAAGCUUAAUUGUUCAGUUGAGAGCUGAAAAUGAGAAGUUGCGCCAGGAACAGGAGGCAGCCAGGCCUGGACCUAGUACUGCACAAUCUGUAGCUGGGUCACAUUUGGAGGGAAGCCCUUCUAUAACGGAGAGGUUUGUUUUUGUGCCACGUGAUAGAAAAUGUCCACUGUUCAGAGGGAAGGGAGGCAUUGGGUUAACCGAGUGGCUUGAGGAAGUACAGGCCUGCAUGAGGGUACGUCAUUUGUCCCCAGCUGAUCAGGCCUUCUUUUUAUUUGAUCACUUGGAGGGAGAGGCACGCGAUGAAAUAAAGUUUCGACCUACCGCAGAACGUGAAGAUCCCGCUAAAAUUAUGGAUAUUUUAAAAGAAUUGUAUGGGUGUUACGAAUCCUAUGUGGCACUGCAGGAGGCAUUUUUCUCUCGCCGGCAGCGGGAUGGUGAAACGCUACAGGAGUUUUCGCUGGCUCUAAUGAGUCUUAUGGAGGCUGUAAAAUCCCGUGCUCCUAGAGAUUUUCAAAAUGCAGCGUCAUUGCUGCGUGAUCAAUUUGUCGAGCAUGUGAGUGAUGGGGCUCUUCGUCGCGAGUUAAAGCAGUUUGUGCGCAGGAAGCCAACAGCCACCUUGCUUGAGGUCAGGGCAGAGGCACUUCGCUGGGAGCGUGAGGUGCGACCAAGUAGUGUACUCAGUUUAAAAUCUUCUGUACCUUUAGCAUUUGGUUCGCAGUAUGGCGUACAGAGCUGCCCUCAAGGGGCGAUUAGUUCACACAACACCUCUGAACUGAGUGAUCUGAGGAGCAUGUUGCAGCAGCAGCAGUCACAGCUUGAUCAACUUUCCCAGAGUAUAGCUCGCUUGCAAAAACCCAGCCAGCAGGGCCGUUCUCGAGACUCUAUUAUCUGUAGGCGCUGCCAGAAGGCUGGCCAUUUUGCUAGGGAUUGUGAUGGGGUUCGGGUUCCGGUACGGGCCUCCGAGAAAUCACCUCAGGUGGCGGAAAACUCUUUCCCACCGAGUCGCUGAGCCACGAUUCGGGUGGGGUAGUUAUCGGCUCUAGGGGUGGGGUUUUUCAGGAAGGUUCUAAUCUGGUGUCAUCGUGUCCACACAUGGCUGUGAGCAUGGGUGGAGUCAAAGUUCCUUGUUUGGUAGACACUGGCUCUAUGGUGUCUACAGUUACCGAGAGUUUUUUUACUCAAUAUUUUGAGUUGUGGGGUCGGGAGAAAUUGCAGUCUUGUCAUUGGCUUCAGCUUAGAGCUGCCAAUGGCCUUGCUAUUCCCUACAUAGGCUAUUUAGAGCUGGAUAUUGAACUUUGUGGUAAGAUGGUUCCUCAGUGUGGGGUAUUGGUGGUCAAAGAUCCUCCUUGUGGCGUAUCAUCACAGGCUCCCGGUGUUUUGGGGAUGAAUGUGAUUAGUCGCUGUUAUGGUGAGCUUUUUAAGCAUCAUGGUUCAACUUUGUUUAACUCACCUGCUGUUUCCAGAGCUCCAGAGUUCAUUAAACAGGCUCUCCAUAGAUGCCAUCAUGCCACCACUCAAUCUCCAGAUGACGGUAAAGUAAAAGUGUGUGGUAAGAAGGCUCACCAUAUUCCUGGGGGCACACUGAAAACUAUACCAGCCACUUGUUCAGAGAGCUAUUCAGGUAAAGCUGUUUUGUUUGAGUCUUUGGAUUCCAGCCUUCCUGCUGGGCUCCUUAUUUCACCUUCUUUGGUCCAGAUCACAAGGGGAACUGCUUAUAUCCCUAUUGUGAAUGUGGGAAUUACAGAUGUGGUUUUACACCCUCGUACCUGUAUUGGUACAUUGAGUUCUGUUCAUGUUGUCAGCUUACCUGCAGGUGUCCAAGCAGUAUCGUCAGAAAUUGCCUCUAUGGGAGAGAAAAUUGUUGCUCCUUCAGUCCAUGAGCAAAUAGAUGCAUUGGAUGUGACUGGACUGUCAGCUGAGGAACAGGGUCGGGUAAGAGCUUUACUUAAGGAUUAUAGCUCAGUCUUUUCUGCACAUGAUGGUGAUUUGGGGUGUACUAAUUUAGUCACCCAUGAUAUCCCUCUUUUGGAUGACACACCAGUUAAACAGCGUUACAGACGCAUACCUCCUUCUGAGUAUGAGGCAGCUAAAGAACAUAUUCACAAAUUGCUAGAGGCGCAAAUAAUUAAGGAAAGCAGCAGCCCAUAUGCUAGUCCUAUUGUGCUGGUUAAAAAGAAGGAUGGGACUUUGCGCAUGUGUGUUGAUUAUAGGCAAUUGAAUGCUAAAACCAGAAAAGAUGCCUUUCCCCUUCCUCGUAUAGAGGAGUCCUUGGAUGCAUUAGGUGGGGCACGCUGGUUUUCCACAUUGGAUUUGGUGAGUGGAUAUAAUCAGGUGCCAGUAUCGGAGGCAGAUCGGCCUAAAACCGCAUUUUGCACUCCAUUUGGCCUCUUUGAAUGGACCCGUAUGCCCUUUGGCCUCUGCAAUGCACCCAGCACCUUCCAAAGGCUGAUGCAGCGGCUAUUUGGUGACCAGCAGUGUAAAAGUCUUCUGUUGUACUUGGACGACAUUGUUGUUUUUUCCUCCACAGUCCAACAACACCUGGAGAGGCUGGAGGUGGUUUUGAGUCGGCUUCAAGGAGAAGGUCUUAAAGUAAAGUUAAAUAAAUGUGCGUUUUUUAAGCCAGAGGUGCGCUAUCUGGGACAUGUCAUCUCUGCGGAGGGUGUUGCAACUGACCCUAGUAAGACAGAAGUGGUUGCCAAUUGGCAGCCCCCCACCACAGUCUCUGGGCUGCGAUCAUUUUUAGGGUUUGCUAGCUAUUAUCGCCGCUUUGUGGAGGGCUUUGCAAAGCUAGCUGCCCCUCUUCACAGGUUGGUUGCAGAACUAGGGGGCACCAGGUCAAGGAAGCAGAGUGACCCGAGCAUCAUACCUGGUUGGACAGGGGACUGUCAAUGUAAUUUUGACGAACUGAAAACCAGAUUAACAACUGCACCAGUAUUGGGUUACGCAGAUUUUUCACUUCCCUUCAUUUUGGAGGUAGAUGCAAGUUAUGGUGGUUUGGGAGCAGUGCUCUCACAGGAACAAGAAGGCAAGGUGAGACCCAUAGCUUAUGCAAGCCGUGGUUUAAGACCUACGGAGCGCAACAUGCUGAAUUAUAGCUCCAUGAAGCUGGAGUUUUUAGCACUUAAAUGGGCUAUGACUGAAAAAUUUCGGGAUUACCUUUUGGGCCAUAAAUGUGUUGUCUUUACCGACAAUAAUCCAUUGAGUCAUUUGGCUUCGGCCAAUCUGGGAGCAACGGAGCAGCGUUGGGCUGCUCAGCUGGCUUUAUUUGACUUUGAAAUCAAAUAUCGUUCUGGCAGAACCAACAAGAAUGCUGAUGCUUUAUCAAGACAGCAUCCUGUUGGUGUACAAGAUUUGGAAAUUAUGGUUCCUGGUACAGUUCUCCCUGAGCCCUUGAGAGAGGUUUUUCAGGGGCAGAAAAGGGAGGUUACUCAAGAGGUUGUUAUGGCCUUGCCUAACCAUACCAUCUCUGAAAUCAGUGUUUUCCA